CAUUUCCCGUCCGUCCCUCUUUACUUCCUCCCCCUCAAAAUUUACAUCCUCUGUAUCCUCCCCUCACAUACAAAUGCUGUCCUUCCACCAUGUCCGAUGACUCGCAGCUCCAGUCUACCUCCAAAUCGCGUCAGGGCUACUUCAAAUGCGGAUUUGGUGCCUGUCGCAAAAGCUAUAACCGUGCUGACCAUCUCAUCCGACAUGUUCGAUCACAUACUCGAGAAAAACCGUAUGUGUGCCAGGUCUGCAAUAAGGGAUUUUCCCGACCGGACCUGUUAAAGCGCCAUGCGGCUGGCCAUAGCAAUAGCCAUAGCCAUGCCCCCGAUCCCAGUCGAAAGCGACCGGCCUCAUUCGCGAAAAACGGCCGCGUAUCCCAGGCCUGUAAAGCCUGUGCGACCUCGAAACUGAAAUGUGACGAGGAGAAACCCUGUCGUCGCUGCCGCAGUCGGAAGCUCCACUGCGAUUGGCAUGAUGGGAUCUCGAACGAGGCUCCUGGGUCAGCAGAGCAACAAGCUUUGAAUGACGUCCAAGAUGACGACGACCACGACCACGACCACGACCACGACCUAACUUCGCAAAUCGAUUCCCCUCCCCCGCAGAAUGCCAUUUCGUCUCCGAUUCACCGGGGUCUUGAGAAUAUUACUGACCCGGGCAGUUCCCGCCAUAUCGUCACACCAGAUGUCUCAUUGGAGAACUACCUACCUCUGCAACCGAAUUCCGCCCCCGAAGACAUCAUCAUGUCGGUGGCAUACGAGGAUAACACAGUCUCUCCGCUUAUGGAUCAUGACAGCGGCAUCUUCAGUGUCGACGGAACCUUUUUCCCCGAAUUCAUCCCCGACUCGUUGGUCAUGCCUCUAUCGCGACCUGGCGAACUCGACCCAGCAGCCUUCCCUCCGACGGAUUACAUGCAUGGCCUCUUUGAUCAUAGCCUGAGUUGUGACUUUGACUUGACCGAGAUUGACGUUGGCUUGAUUGACCGGUACAACGCUCAAGGCACGACGACGGUGAGUGCUAUGACUCAGGUCCCCGAUGAACCCAAUGAUCGUUUUGAUACAGACAGCGGCGGCAUUGCUCUCGGCGCUGAAGCCUAUCAACGCUCGUCGCUGUCAGCCUGGAAACCAGCGCACGAGGACCACGCUUUUGCCAACCAAGGCGAUCUAUCGGUCCCCAAAUCGAUCGACAGCCCGGAGACGACUGUUCGUGCAGACCGCCAAGUUCUUUGCGAUCGGCUCUCCCCCGGCAGUCGGGAUCUCAUUCUUGGUAUGGUCCUCCAAACUAGCCAACGGGCCAACUUGGGUCGAAUGAUGAAGUCGUUUCCAAGCACAGAACUCCUCGAUAGUCUCAUCCAAGACUUUUUCGCUUUUCAAAGCCAACAGGUCGACACGUGGAUUCAUGGGCCUACGUUUCGCCCCAAUGAGCAAAAUGCCGAUAUGUUGUCUGUGAUUGCGGCCGCGGCCGCAGUUCGGUCAACUGUCCCAACCAUCCGGAAGUUGGGUUAUGCGCUGCAAGAAGUAGCACGUCUACAGAUGUCUGUGAAGUAUGAGAACGACAAUACGACUAUCCGUGACCUGCGUGCAUCGCAGACCUUCGCGUUAGUGAUCGAUAUUGGAAUCUGGAGUGGGAAUAGGCGAAGGACGGAAAUUGCUGAAAGUUUCCAGCAGCCUUUGUUGACGAUGCUGCGUCGCGGACUUCGAUUCCGACGCUCCAUCUACCUCCCGAUCAUCCCACUGCUAGAGGAUACACCGGAAAUCCUGGAGCGCAAAUGGCGCGACUGGGCGGAACAAGAGUCAUUCAAGAGACUGGCCCAUCAUCUAUUCUUGCACGAUGCUCAAUCAGCCUUGAUGUUAAAUGUCAACCCCCUGAUUUCCUAUUCGGACCUCGAGCUUCCAUUCCCGAUGAUCCGUCCGUUGUGGGAAGCUAGAUCGGCAACAGAAUGGAGGGAUAUAUACCUAGCCACUGCAACUCCUGGUGCAGACCGACUACCGUCGCUGGUGGACACAUUGAGGGAUAUGUCGCAGUGGCAGGGACGGAUUGACUACCAGCUCUCAGGCUUCGUGAUUCUGCAUGCCAUGGCGGCGCUGAUUAGCGAGUAUCAUCGGCUGAAAAUGAUUUCCCAGGGCAACUCCAAGCACUGGAGCGCCCUCGUAAUCAGCUCACGACAGCAGGAGCUAUCUCAAGUUCUGCAGCAUUUCCGUAUGAUCUGCUGCGAAUGGGCGAAUAUGCCGGGACCGGAGAUUUCUCUGGUGUACGAGGUGAUCUCCAUGUUCCUCUUCAUGUCCCUGGAAGAAUUGCAGCUCUUCGCCGGCAAGGAGGACAAGAAAGAGGCGCGACGGGUGUAUAACAGUGCGUUGGAAUGGAUCAAUAGUGCAGACUCGCGUCGCGCCGUCUGGCAUGCCGGCCAAGUGAUCCGGGCCGCCAAGGCCAUGCCACCUGGAUCGCUAACCGGGUUCCUGGCCGUAGGCGUGUACUACGCCAGCCUUGCCUUCUGGUCCUACAGCGUGGUAUCCAAAGCACAAAACACUAAGGUGGCUGCCAGGAACCCGGAUCCGGACCCGCGUCUCCGCGACGACCGGUGGCCCAUGGUCUUCCUAGACGGCGAGGAAACCACGGACGUGCAGAAAUUCAUCUCCUUUGGCCGGGGGUGUCCGGCUCUUCACGGUCUCCAAGGCCCCGCAGUAGUGGCUGCUGAUCCUGGGCUGAUCAUGGAUGUAACACGGGGGCUUCUGCGGGCGGACGCCUCUCCCGACGCGCUGCCUCCGUUGGUUCAGGGCCUCUGCCAGUUGAUGAAGGAUUUGGGCACCGCGGCGCGAUCCAGUUCAGUCCCUUUGCCCUAAAUCGAAA